AUGAGAGCAAUCCAUUCAUCUGCAAUCACAGCACUGGUAACUCAAGAUCCCAAUCAACAAUUACGCGUCAGUCACCAAGGAUAUCUCAUAACAGCAAGUACUGCAAAAGAAUUCACAGAUAAUUUUAGUACGUUUGUCGACGACCCUUCGUGGAACCCUUUUGCACGAUUUUUGAUAGUAAUCAGACGGGUGCAUGAAAAUGAACUAGAUCAGGUAUUCGACGUGCUUUUGAGAUGGCAUGUGAACAACGUGAUUUUAGUGAAUGGCACUAAUGACGCUCAACUUUAUUCUUACAAUCCUUUCGACAACUACGGCUGCGGAAAAAUUUAUAAAGAUGUUAUAAGACAUGGAUUUUGUCUAGAAACGACUUCUAAUCUGUACCCGAAUAAAGUUGUGACAGGACUACGUAACUGCACUUUACGUGCUGCCAUUCCGCACAGACCACCCUUCACCCUCCGCCCGUACAUGAUAGAACAAAACGACCGAAUGAAGAUGGGAUCCGAGCAAUAUUUGUUCUGUCUGCUCGCUGAAACAGAACAAUUCAAAGUUGAAUUUUACUACGAAGGAGAUUAUUAUCCAUUGUCUAAAUUAUACGACAACAUAUCAAUCCCCGGACCCAUGGAGAACUUGCGGAAUAAUAAAUAUGACGUAAUGUUUGGCAGUGUGAUGCUGGUAGCAAGUCGAGAAGCACGAUUCACAUAUUUACACGGUCAUUUGGAUUAUCAUGACGAAAUUCGUUUCAUAGUGAAGAAAGCUAAUGAUGCAGCAAACUGGAAAAAUGCUUAUUUCGAAUUCCAUGCAAGAGUGUGGUGGACCUUGUUGGCAGUUUUUAUAGUGCAUUCAACGUUAUUGAAUAUACAUCUCCGCUCCAAAGACAAAACAGAUACAAUGCUGAAAAUGUUCGAUCUAUUGCUGAGCCAUGGAUGUAAAAUGCCGCAUCGAAUGAGUGCAAGGUGUCUGUUCUUAAUCUGGGUGUGGUUCGCUUUUCUCAUCAAUAAUUUAUACCAAUCAGCUUUAGUGAGUUUAGUUCGAACCCCCGUUAAAGAGUAUCAAGUGCAAGAUGAAGAAGAUAUAGUUAGAAUGCAGCUCAAACCCUGUAUUAGUCCACCACUUCUUCAGUAUAUGUACACGGAAUCGAAUAUAACAAACUCAUUUAAUAGUAAUUGUACAAAUCCAUUUUCAAGUAUAAACUUUGUAGCUAAAUCGAAACAUUAUUAUUCAGUAGUGCAGAAAACUGUAUAUUUUUAUAACAAGAAACAGUUCUGUGAUGAGGAAGGUGAAAAUACGGUUUACUUCUUCAAAAAGCCUUACGCCAAGUUGAUAUUUGGUAUAUUUUUCCAUAAGGGGUUCCCUAUAUCUGAUAGAAUGCGAACGAAUGCUAUUCGUUUGAGAGAAAAUGGUUUCGUUAAGAAAAUAUUGAAAGACCACGUAUUCGCUAGAGAAAUAAAAAUUAAGUAUCAUGACAAGGGGUUCAAAUGUAGGAUCACUGUACCGUGGUUUAUUUAUGUAGGAGGGGGCAGUUUAGCUGUCAUUGUUUUAAUUUUGGAAAUAAUCUGGAGUCGAUACAAGGAAUAG